AUGAAUGGUGUAUCACUACAAGUAGUGCUUUAUAUGAUAGCUUGGUUUUUUUCAUAUAUAACUGCAAACAAUGGAUCAUAUUAUCCAUGGGAUUUGAAUGCUGCUUGUCAACCUUACAUUGAGUAUUUCGCAGAAGCAAGUUCUAAAAUGAUACGAUGUGCGGCUAUCUAUUCUUCGCCACCAAAAGUUUGCACAUAUUGUACCGAAGAAUAUAUUGCUUUGAAACAGAUGGAAUAUAAACUGCAUAAACUGGAAGACCUAUUUUCACGUGACAAUAUUACUUGCAACCGUGUAAUUUACGAGAGUUACUUAAUUUCAUAUAUAUCAGAGGUAUCGACGACAAUAACAAAAAACAUAUGGGAAAAUUCGCGCUGUUCUUCUUGUGUAGAUAUUGAUUGGCAUUUGGAAACAAACAGCACUGAAUAUACUUUCUAUAACAAUACUAUAGUGUUUCAAAAUAAGUUGUUUAAUUGGAGGCACUGCAUUUCUAAUUUCUCAUUUCUUCCUAAUGAUACGGUCAUUUGCGACAAAUGUCUAAGUUCGUUCAAUGAGUUAUUCCAGUUUUACUGGUAUAUAUACAUCACACCGAAUAUUAAUUUCUGUUUAGAUGUCGAAACUACGAUGAAUGAUACAAUGAAUUUAUGGCAUAAUGUAUGGCAUUGUUCGGAUGAUCGAGCAGAAGAAUUACGAGAUUGGACUUUACUUGGAUAUAGUUUAGCUUUGCUAAUAAUCAUAACAAUAUUUUUCUAUGCUGGUAGUUAUAUCCAAAGUUCAGAAAUACAGAGACAUCUUGUGCAGUAUUCGCAGCUAGAAGCGCCAUGUGCUUUGCGAUCACAUAUUCUGAGCUCAUCAACUUUGGAUAGAGUAUCUUCGUCAACUGCUGGAGAUUGUGAACGGAUUAGCAAUUUGCAGUAG